GUGUUCAAAACAUCGUACAGUGUUGAGUUUGUCCUUUACAUGAUCUCGCCGAAAGUAGCUUCAUCUUGGCUUGCAUGAGGCUUGAGCCUUUUUGUACUUUUUUGUAGAUUGCUGGAGCAGCUGGAAAUGCUGGAGAGAAAUUUCCUAAGAGAUAGUACUUAUUGACUAGCUAUAAUAAACAUCGAGACGUUGGAUUUUGAAACAUGUCACUAACACGCGAGAAGAAGCGAGAGCUAGUAGCCUACCUGCAAUCCGUUGGCUGUUGUGAACGGUGCAUGCUCCGUUUCUUGAAGGUCUACCUUCCGUCAAGCUACAUGAAUCCCACGCUGACGCUGGAAGCACUGACGAAACCCAGUGGUGAGACAGCAGAGGCACCGGAACAAACGGCGGCUGGCGGAAGCCCGGCUCUGGACAAUGUGUCAACAAACGGUAAUGGUUCUGCUGCAGCUGGUGUAGACGGCUCAUCUGCUGCUGAUAACACGGCCAGCGCUAAACCCAGUGCGGAUGAUGCUCCAUGUGCUGUACCCACAUCGCUGGAAGGCAGCGAUCCUAGUGGUGUCGGCGACACUGAACCUGCUGCCAAAUACAGACGGAAUGUUGCUGGAGACCGCGAGGCAGCGUGUGAUCCAGUCGAUGCGCCCCAGCGGUCUGCACCAGCCACCAAUGAUGGCCAAACAGAGUGCAGCAUGGAAGUACAAGAAGCAAGCAAUGGAGCGCCUGCAGAAUCAACACAUAUAUCUAGUGCUUCGUCGUCGAUAUGCUCAUCGUGCCUCGGCGUACUGCAGGAUUCAUGGCUAGAGAAUAUGGUUGGUCAGGUUCACUCACAAGUCGUCAAGGAUGGUUAUCAGUUCAGUUCGUUUACAUUCUCUGUGUUCUUCCCACUGGCAUCUCUUGUGCGAGAGCGGGCACUUGUUGCAGCUAUUGCCGAUGAAUUUAAAACGGAGGACGGCGUUCCACAGGUGAAAGAAGUUCUGAAGUGGGUGGCUAGUCCUCAGCUGCAGAAACACCUUGGUGUUGGAUUUUCCCUGAACAGUCCGUUUCAGAUUGUCAUCGCUGUGGAGCAUCCUGAGAGUGAGCAGCUGGUCAGCGUACUAGCUGACAAGUGCCCAAAGUACUUUCCUGGCCUAGCCCGCAGCAGAGCCAAGACAACAGCUGCAGCAGUGAAUGUGACAUCGGUCACCAAAGCACUUCAGGCGGCAUCUGACGAGGACGUGAAAAGCUGGUACACGUGUCCUCUUGCACAGCCGACAGCACAUGCAACAUUGUCCCCUGUCUCUUGUCAGCAUGGCUCUAUCUACAUUGCUGGUCGCUACUGUAAAUAUUCCCGUGAGCUGAGUCAAACCCCGUGGCUGAUCGACGGCCAACGGAAAACGGAGACCUCCGUGCAGGAGAUAAUCUGUGAUCCGCUGCAGGCCGAGGCAAAAGCAACAGAUGUCAAGUUCUGCUCUUCUGGUCGAGAGGAUGUCGAUGUCAGAAUGUUGGGCAAAGGGCGUCCGUUCUGCGUGGAACUGGUGGAUCCCAAACGGUCUGUCAUCUCGGAAGAACGUGUUGCUGAACUUCAGUUGACCAUCAACAACAGUAGCAAAGACGUGCAAGUGCGGGAUUUGCAGAUGAUUGAUAAGUCGGGAAUAGAGCAUAUGAAGGAAGGUGAAGCCGACAAGAUUAAACUUUACCGAGCGCUCAUACUUGUUCCCGGUGGAGUUUCAUGUGUUGAACUCGGACCCAUCUCAGACAUAAAGGAGCUGGUACUGAACCAGAAAACACCACUCCGCGUGCUACACAGGCGUACACUGAUGGACCGGCAACGCACUGUCCACAAAAUGUCAAUUGAGCCUGUCGACGACCGCCACUUUCACUUGUUCCUCUCCACCCAAGCCGGAACCUACAUCAAGGAGUUUGUUCACGGCGACAUGGGACGCACCACCCCGAACCUCGGCUCUCUGCUUCAGGCCAGUGUGGAUAUCAUCGAGCUGGAUGUCAUGGGUGUUGAACUGGACUGGCCUCCAGCACUAAGCUGAUCCAUUGAGUGCCAUCAUGUGAGCUCGCCCAAGGCAAUACCUUGCAUAUGGAUGUGUUUCAGCAUGGCAACAGGUCCCUGCUUUCUGGCAGCAGUAUCCAUGAGUGCUAUUGCAUGAAGACAAGCUGCAAAUUCCACCCCCACAAGCAGCAUUGGGCCCCGCCUAGACAUGCCAUUCUGCUGUCCUUUUGCACAUUCAGGGCAUAUUGAGCUUUCAUCAGAUCUUUCUGCAAUAUGAUUUCUUGUUUUGUCGGUACUGUAAUCAUACCGUUGCGCUCAGUGAUUUCAUAUUCUAUCAGUGUACAUGUACGCUAGCUUGAUGCUAGCUACUGCAUGCUUCAGAUCAGAUAGUAGCACAUAAUAUGCUGGAUUGUGAACUAGAGUACAGUAGGUUUGUUUCACUCCAGUGGUGGAGUUCAUGGUACUGUGAAUGCAAGGAGUAUCUCACAAACGUUGAAAGAAAAGAACCGAACUUUUCAGCUCA